GGCACAGAAACAAUUGAAGGCCUUAUUCUAAAUUUGCAUGUGUCUGAGCAAGAUUGGCUUGCUAAGAAUUUCUUUGAUUUAGAUAAUUCAAAAAGACGUCAUUAUGAAGAUUUUCUUGACAAAUUAACAUUGCCUUGUGGAAUCAAUUCAUCAAAGCGCCGUCGUCUAAGACUCUUCCCAUGGCUCCCCACAAACUCUACCUCGACAGAAUCAUUUUCCACAUCAAAUGAAGUGGACUUAAAAACUGAUGCAUUUUCAAGGAUGCACAAAUUAAGACUACUCCAGCUCAAUAAUGUAAUGCUAACAGGAGACUACAAAGAAUUUCCUAAGAAGUUAAGAUGGUUGUGUUGGCGUGGGUUCCCCUUAAAAUCGAUACCUAGUGAGUUUCCUCUAGAGAGUCUGGUUGCUCUUGAUUUGCGAAACAGCACCUUAAAACAACUUUGGAAUGCAAACAAGGUGCUCAAAUCAUUGCAAUUCCUUAAUCUCAGUCAUUCCCAUGGCCUUACCAAUACACCCAAUUUCUCAGAAUUCCAUAAUCUUGUGAGAUUGAUUCUUAAAGAUUGCAUAAAUUUGAUCGGGGUUCACGAAUCCAUUGGGGAAUUAAAGAGACUUGUUCUGUUAAAUCUGAAAGGCUGCAAGAAUAUUAGGAAUCUUCUUACAAAAAUAGCUCAGCUUAAAUCUCUAGAGAAACUCAUCCUCUCUGGUUGCUCAAAUCUUGACAAGUUGCCGAGAGAGCUGUGCGAGAUGGAAUCUUUAAAGGUUCUCGACGCAGAUGGUGUUGCAAUAAAACAACUAGCCUCUACCAGCAGUGACAUAAAAUCUUGGCAAUCACGCUGGUUCUCUUGGGUUCCUAGACCAAGAAAGUCUCCAGAAUUGAUCAGUUGUUCAUUGAUUUGCUUGCCACGCUCAUUAGUAAGCUUGAAUCUUGCACACUGCAAUUUGACAGAUGAUGCCAUUCCGAGGGAUCUUGGUAGCCUGUCCCUGUUGCAGAACUUGAAUCUAGGGGGAAAUCCAAUCAGUAGCCUUCCAGAGAGCAUCAAAGGACUCACCAUGCUCCACUCACUUGAAUUGGAAGAGUGCGAAAGACUCCAAUUGCUUCCAGAGCUACCAAUGAGCUUACAAAGCUUGAGGUUAAGCCAUUAUACAUCACUGAAAAUGAUGAUGAAUCUAUCAAAACUAUAGGGAUUCGUGGAUGCGUUGGGAUAUGACAAACUAGUAGAGGCUCAGAACUGGUUCAGGUUAGAACCCAUUCAAAACAUUGAUGCAGAAAUGAUCAAUAAUUUCGGAUUGGUUGAGUUGGAAUCCAUAAGAAAGGUUGAAAUGAAAUUUUACAAUCACGUAACGCGUAUGUACAAUAUUGGUCCCAUCCAGGCACUGUAUGAGUGCGGAAUAGUCAGCAUAUUUCAUCCUGGAAAUGAGGUUCCAUGUUGGUUCAGCAAAAAGAGUAGAAAGUCCUCCAUAUGUUUCAAUGUUCCUUCACUUCCUAUUCUCAAGAUCCGAGGCUUGAAUAUAUGCGUUGUUUAUACAAAUAAAUACUCUUCCACCAACUAUUUUGCCAAUCAAUGUGUUAUUCACACCUUCAAUAAGACCAAGGAUGUGAUGUGGUCCUAUAACCCGGUGUGUAAAGGGAUUCCAGAUGAGGGGGAAAGUAUGAGAUGGUCAAGCCAUUGGAAGAUUGGGAAUCAGUUGGAAGUUGGUGAUGAAGUGGUUGUUUCAACGAUGAUGACCGUCAUCAAUCAAGAAAAGGUGUAUCAAGUAAAGGAGUUAGGAGUCGACAUUGUAUAUGAAGAAGAGGAGAAGGAUACCCUGCUUAAUAACUAUAUUUCUUGUCUUGAUUUAUCAGCAUACCAGCAUUCCGGUCGAUACUACUUCUCCCAUCAUUAUAAACUGUUCAGGAAUAUAUCCGUAUGACUUCAUAUUUAGAGUUAUGAAAAAGAUGGUUACACGUGUCAUAAAUGUUGCUUAAGCAUUAAAAAAA